UACACACAUAAUAAAAAAAAGUACCAAUUUUUAUGAUCUAACAGUAAUUUCUUUAAUACCAGGCAAAUAGUUAGCUCAAAUGAUUGAAUUUUAAACAUAUAAAAACUAAAGGAUAAAAUUUGUGUAACUAUCCUCACUUAGUUCAUAAAAGACUGAACAUGAUCAUUUACAUGUGCUGAAUUAUCCGUUCAGAGCCAACCACCGCCGUUCAAAUUCUCAAUUCACGACGUCACUCUUCCUCCCUCUGCAAAUUCCGACCACCGUCACCUCCAUGCAUGCAUGGCUUCUCUCCUUCCUUCAGUCCCCAACCCUCCCCUCCACCUUCCCCAUUCCAAACCCCAAAACCUCACAAACCUCACGCCGAAACAAUUCUCUCACAACCACUUCUCUUUGCUCUGCAAAGAUGGCCGAAUUCGCGAAGCCGUAGAUUCCCUCUCCGAAAUGCAAUGGCGGAACCUCCAGGCUGGCCCCGACGUUUAUGGAACGCUCCUUCAGGGCUGCGUCUACGAGAGAGCCCUACCCCUCGGCAUCCAAAUCCACGCCCACCUCAUAAAAAAAGGUCCUUCCUUCUACCAAAACGAGUUCGUCGAAUCCAAGCUAAUCAUUCUCUACGCCAAAUGCGGCGCCUCCGACGUGGCAACGCGCCUCUUCCGCAAUGCGCUAAGCCAGAACGUCUUCUCCUGGGCGGCCAUUAUCGGGUUGCACACGCGAACGGGCCGUUGCGAAGAAGCGCUUUUGGGUUACAUCGAAAUGCUAAACCACGGGUUCUUACCUGACAACUUCGUUGUGCCUAAUGUUUUGAAGGCUUGCGGGUUUCUUCGGUGGGUCGGAUUUGGUAAAGGAGUUCACGCGUUCGUCGUGAAGACAACGGGGUUAAGUGAAUGUGUUUAUGUUGCGACUAGUCUUGUCGACAUGUAUGGGAAGUGUGGGGCUUUGGAGGAUGCGGAGAGGGUGUUUGAUGGAAUGGCUGAGAGAAACAACGUCGCUUGGAACUCCAUGAUUGUGACCUACGCGCAAAACGGAAUGAACGAGGAGGCGAUAGGGAUGUUUCGGGAGAUGAGGUUGCAGGGGGUGGAAGUAACUCCCGUUGCUUUGUCGGGAUUUUUUACGGCAUGUGCGAAUUUGGAAGCCGUUGGAGAAGGACAACAAGGGCAAGGCCUUGCUGUUGUGGGAGGGUUGGAGUUGGAUGACGUUUUGGGGAGUUCAAUUAUGAACUUCUAUUUCAAGGUUGGUAUGGUUGAGGAAGCUGAGGUGGUUUUUGGAGAAAUGGUGAUGAGAGAUGUGGUGGCGUGGAAUUUGGUUGUCUCGGGUUAUGUGCAGUAUGGGAUGGUUGGGAAGGCGCUUGAGAUGUGUCUUGUGAUGAGGGAACAUAAUUUAAGGUUUGACUGUGUGACAUUGUCUUCUUUGUUGGCUGUUGCUGCUGAUACAAGAGAUGUAGGAUUGGGUAUGAAGGCGCACGGAUAUUGUGUUAAGAAUGAUUUUCAGUAUGAUGUGGUUGUCUCGAGUGGAAUCAUUGAUAUGUACGCGAAGUGUGGGAGGAUGGAUUGUGCAAGAAGAGUGUUCAGCUCUACCAGAAAGAAGGACAUUGUGUUGUGGAAUACGAUGUUGGCUGCUUGUGCUGAGCAGGGUCUGAGUGGGGAGGCCUUGAAGUUGUUCUUUCAAAUGCAGCUGGAGAGUGUGCCUCCAAAUGUGGUUUCUUGGAAUUCUGUGAUUUUUGGUUUCUUUAAGAAUGGUCAGGUUGCUGAGGCUAGAAAUAUGUUUGCGGAAAUGUGCUCCUCUGGUGUUACGCCUAAUUUGAUCACGUGGACGACGGUGAUGUCUGGUUUGGCCCAGAAUGGCCUUGGUUGUGAUGCCAUGAUGGUUUUCAGGGAGAUGCAGGAUGUGGGAAUCAGACCUAAUAACAUGAGCAUAACUUCUGCGCUCUCAGCCUGCACCAGUAUGGCAUUGUUGAAAUAUGGAAGGGCAAUUCAUGGGUACAUUAUGAGGCAUUAUAUGUUUCAAUCUCUUGAUAUCGCAACCACUACAAUAGAUAUGUAUGCUAAAUGUGGAGCAUUGAAUGAUGCCAAGUAUGUGUUCAGUAUGUGUUCGACAAAGGAGUUGUCUGUGUACAAUGCAAUGAUAUCUGCAUAUGCAUCUCAUGGUCAAGCUAGAGAAGCUCUUGCGCUUUUUAAACAGUUGGGAAGAAAAAGAAUCGUGCCAGAUCACAUAACCCUUACUAGUGUGCUGUCAGCAUGCAGCCACGGGGGGUUGGUGAAGGAGGGCAUCGAGAUUUUCAAGUAUAUGGUCUCUGAUCUCAAGAUGUCACCGAAUCAGGAACAUUAUGGUUGUUUGAUCAAACUUUUGGCCGACGAUGGUCAGUUAGAUGAAGCUCUUAAGACUAUUUUGACAAUGCCAAGCCAUCCUGAUGCACAUAUAUUAGGAUCUCUUCUUGCGGCGUGUGGACAAAAUCAUGAUAUUGAACUAGCAGAUUAUAUAGCAAAAUGGUUGUUGAAAUUGGAACCGCAUAAUUCAGGGAAUUAUGUGGCUCUUUCAAAUGUAUAUGCAACUGUCGGAAAAUGGGAUGAAGUGUCAAAUAUAAGAAGAUUCAUGAAAGAAAAGGGUCUACGAAAGAUUCCUGGGUGUAGCUGGAUUCAAGUUGGACAAGAACUGCACUAUUUUAUUGCUGGCGAUAGAUCACACCCUAAAACCGAAGAGAUAUAUGUUACAUUGGAUUUGUUGGGAUUUGAAAUGCAUUAAGCAAAAUAAUCCCCUUAUGUACAAUACUGAGCCAACAUCCUCGUGACUAACAUUUUAGCAAAAUCAUCUUCAGGCAAAGGAGCUAGGAUAAACACUAAUAGCUUAAAGGGAUAUAUAAACUCAAUGUUGCAGAGAUGAGUGGAUGAAUGAAGGGAUUAGAAAGCAAGUUCGGGGGUAGUUGUAGAAAAGAUAAUAGAAACUUGUCUUGAGUGGUUUUAACAUCUGUACAGAAGAUAUGUAAAAUUAUGAA